AUGUUAUUGCUUGAAAAAAGAACAAUUCGCGUUGCUACAACAACUUUUUUCAAGCAUUCUCGACUCCUCUAUCCAAAGAUAAAUUUCCGUAGUUUUAGCACAGGCAAUACGAAAGUUUCUUGUGAGGAUCAUGAACCUUCUUUUUUGGAUUCUGUUAUAACGUAUUAUGAUAAGGCGGCAAAAUUUAGUGGAGUAUCCGAAAAGACUCUCUCACACCUCAAAGCUCCAGAUUGUUCACUUCAAGUUACAUUCCCAAUUGAGAUUGAAGAUGAUAAAGUCGAAAUAUUGACAGGUUAUCGAGUUCAUCAUUCACGUCACUUGCUUCCCGUGAAAGGAGGUAUACGAUUUUCUCCCGAAGUCGAAGAACAGGAAGUCUCAGCCUUGGCUGCGCUUAUGACUUAUAAAUGUGCUAUUGUCGAUGUUCCCUUUGGAGGGGCAAAAGGGGGAAUCGCAAUUGAUCCUAAAAAAUUUACUGUAGCACAAUUGGAAAGGAUUACACGACGUUAUACAGUGGAACUAUGUCAAAAGGCAUUUAUUGGACCAGGUGUUGAUGUUCCUGCACCAGAUGUGGGUACUGGAGCACGUGAAAUGGCAUGGAUCAUGGAUACGUAUAGACAAUUUCAUCCUAAUGAUGUAGAUUCAAUUGGUUGCGUCACCGGUAAACCGAUAUCUCUAGGUGGCGUUAGAGGAAGGAACGAAGCUACUGGAUUAGGUGUGUAUUAUUGUGUAAGAGAAUUCCUCUCUUAUCCUGAAGUACAAAAAGCAACUGGACUUAGUGGAAAAAUUAGAGAUAAAAGAAUUGUCAUACAAGGCUUUGGUAAAGUUGGUUAUUUUGCUGCAAAAUUUUUUGAAAAAAAUGGUGCAAAGAUUAUAGGUAUAGGAGAAAGAGAUUGUGGUGCUUAUAAUCCUAAUGGCAUUAAUAUUGAAGAAUUGUUCAAUUACCACAUUAAAACUGGAACUUUUAGUGGUGCUCCUAAUGUCGAUGUCAUUGAAGAUACUUUUAAGAUUCUCGAAUUGGAUUGUGAUAUUCUUAUACCAGCAGCGUUAGAAAGACAAAUUGGCUUAAAAAAUGUAAUGAAAAUUAAUGCGAAAAUUAUAGGUGAGGCUGCAAAUGGACCUAUAACCCCAGAAGCAAAUGAUAUUCUUAAUGAAAAAGGAAUAUUAAUUCUGCCCGACUUGUUACUUAAUGCUGGUGGCGUAACUGUAUCAUAUUUCGAGUGGUUAAAGAAUUUGUCACACAUGAGAUUCGGACGUAUGACUAAAAAAUGGGAUGAACUUGGAAAAUCAAAAUUAGUAGAAUUAGUUGAAAAUAACGUUGGUAGACAUUUAACCGAAGCCGAAAGAAAAAAUAUAGUUCAUGGAGCUGAGGAACUAGAUUUGGUUUAUUCAGGGUUGGAGGAUACGAUGAUUGGAGCUUGUCAGGAAACGAGAAGUACCGCUGCUUCUAAAGGGUUGGAUUUCAGAACUGCAGCAUUUGUAAAUGCUAUUCAGAAAAUAUCGGCAGUUUAUGAAGGAUCAGGAAUGAUGUUUAUGAAUUAA